CUAGGAUGACAAGUAUGGACGAGUGAGGAGGAGAGACAGAACGCAAACGCUCCGACAGCACCGACAUCACCGACAGACAGACAGAAACCAAAACCAGUACAGACCAGAAUGAAGGAGUAACCAGCUGCAGAGAGAAGCACAGUGAGAUAUGAUGGAACCUCUGGAAGUAUCUGCAGCAGCACAAGUGACCGCGCGUACCGGAGACCUGCACGCGUAACUGUGUGUGGAGAGCAGCAUGUUCCUGGGUAAUGGGUGUCAGAGUGGGUUGGUCCCGGCUCUGGUGCGAGCCCCUCUACCCCAUGUGCACUCCUGCCUGGGCCUGAAACACUUCCUUCCCUUCGCGCUGGAGGCCGGACACACACUGAACCUGCUGCCUGGAUUCACCUCUAUGGACCCGCUUCAGAAAGUCGUCCUGCAUCACACAAUUGGCCUCCCUUCGCUGUCUCAGAGGAAACACGUGGCCUGCAACGUCUGCCAGCUGCGAUUCAAUUCGCAGAGCCAGGCCGUGUCCCACUACAAAGGAACCAAACAUGCCAAGAAGAUUAAAUCUCUGGAGUCGCCCAAGUGCAAGCGGAAAUGUUCUCUGAUGAAUGGCGAAAAUAGCAACAAGGAGCCCAUUAAGAGCCUCUCGCCUUCCAAACCACUCAUGACCCCCAUCAAAAGUAAAGAUUCCAGUCCUGGUCCAGUGUCUGCAUCCCUAGAUAAACCUGCCUCCAGUGAGACCCAAGCAGACACCAAGCUUUUAUCGACAGGAGAAGAGCGUCUUCUCCCUGACAGCCCCUGCUUGACUCCGGGAGUCGCUGUGGAUGCUGAAGCUGAGCCGGAGACGGAAGCGGAGACGGAGGAGGAGAAAGCUUUACGUCUGCUUUACUGCUCACUGUGUAAAGUGGCCGUCAAUUCAGCGUCUCAGCUCGAAGCUCACAACAUUGGCACCAAGCACAAGACGAUGCUGGAGGCACGGAACGGCAAUGGCUCCAUUAAGUCUUACCCCAGGGCGGGAGUGAAAAACAAGCUGGCGACGCCCGCCGUGGCGACCACGGGCCUCCAGAACAAGACAUUCCACUGUGAAACGUGUGACGUGCAUGUCAACUCCGAGACGCAGCUCAAACAGCACAUCAGCAGCCGGCGCCAUAAAGACCGGGCGGCAGGAAAACCAGCCAAGCCCAAGUUCAGUCCGUACACCAAAACCCUGAAAGGGCAGAGCAAACAACAAAUGGCAAAUACACAGGUCCAGGUGAAGCUGCCUCUGGGAAAGGACCUGUGCCAGUCACUGGCGGCUGCGGUCAUACCCUCACAUUUGGUGGCGGCCGCCGCGGCAGCCGCCGUAGGUUCUGGCUUUACAGUCCGUGCCAGCCCUAACCCGUCUUUUUUCCAGACGCAGACCCUUUCGGCGGCUCUGCUUCGCCCCGCCCCGGGACCUAUCAGGACCAGCCAUGCGCCAGUGUUAUUUGCUCCAUACUGACCUCCGUGACCUUCGAUCGGUCAGAUUUGCCACCCCAGCCCGUACGGGGAGCGAGGUCCGGUCGUGUGUUGCCUUUUCGAGCGUCUUUUUCCUCCCGGCAUCACACGCCAGUCCUGCUCGGGUCGGAUGUGCGAUGCUUUACUGCAAUAAUGCAAUAAAUAAAGAGACAAACCAGGUAACUAUGCAUCACAACGUGUAAUGAGCGUGACGUACUGACUCUAAGCUAUAAACAGAUUUUUUUGGUGGGUAUUUUUUUUUUACUUACAUCGUGUCUUCUUGUCGUCGUCGUUCGCUUCUGAAGAUAAAGAGAUUUUUGUUUCUGUGUUAAAAAUUUGGGAAAAGGCUGAAACGAGGGAAAACGUUCUACUGCUCUGCUGGUUGCACUUUAAGCUCUUCCUCCUGUAGAUGUCUUUAGUGCAUCAAAUAAGUAGAACACGGUCUGCUCCUCGCUGUGCGUACAGUUAAGGUCAGAUGUUUACAUGCACUCAUACACGCUGGGUGUUCUGUAGUCUUGUGAUUUCUGCAACUGUUCUUUUUCUGUGACUGAACGUCUAAAACACUCGUACUUUCUUGUCCUUUGUAGCGUGACCUCGUAAGUGCUUAUUAGUAAAUACGAUUGACUACAGCUGGUGACAUUCGAGUGUUAUUCUUUGUUCGGGGCGCUUUAUACAUAUUUAACCAAUCAUGACUGGUUUGCGGUUGGUUCUACAGCCUUGUGUAAUAAACGAGGCACCCGGACAGUGAUUGUACUUUAUACAUGGUUGAUUAAAGCCUCGUAAGUUCAAGCACAAAGUCUGGGUAGGAAAAUCUGCCAACAACACAGAGCUGAAUACAUUUAUUUUAAUUUACACAGUUACAGUUAUGUUUAAAUGCAAUAAAUACUUGUUUCUGUGACUGAAUAUUUAAAACAAAUGUAUUUUUUUGUCCUUUGUAACAUGGCAUGUUUGAAUACAACUUCUGACCUCUCUGUGCCCAUAGAAAUAAAGCUAGGUUGACCACACCCAUGAAAAAGUACAUCAAACAGUGUCCUCAUAAUGCAUGGUGUAAGGGUGCAUUUACAUGAGAAGCGGCAAAACCGCUGUUGUGCCGGCUGUGCUGUUGUUUCCUAUUUAUAGUGGCGGUGGCGGUGCUGCUUAGCUUGGCGCAGCACUCAAAGUUCACCUGAUUGAACUUCUGACCUUCUUAAAGCGAUGAGACAAACUGUUUUAUAUGAUGCAGUAAAACCAACUGGGGCCAUACAAACGAUGCUUAACGUGAACAAAGUUUAAUGUGACUUAUCGUAGUAAAACAGCGAGUGAGGAAUGUGAUUAGUGGAGGAACUUAUGAGCAGUAAUAAUGAAGAGAAGUUUAGUGCUCCUGUCUCCUUCUUUUACUACAUUAAACCACGUUAAGCUUUAUUUUGAACCAGAAGCGUUUUAGACUCUGGGAGCUGAUUCUCUCAAUUCUCACAAUUUCUCAGAACCUCAAGCUGUAACACAAGUUUAAAAGUGAAACAGGGAGGAAAAUCCAGAUAAACACAGAUACAUGUGGAGCUCUUAGACUGGAUAUGAUGGUUAUUCCACACAAAUGCAGAUUCGUCUCAUAUUCACACUUUGAUGAUGUUUCAGCGCACCAAAGCUGUGAUUUAGAGCCCUAAGAAUGAACCCCAUGAUCUUGCUUGUUCUUUGCCCAUGUGAUCAGCAACGAACUUCAGUCGAGCUUCAAGGUGUCAGUUUUGAAGCAGAGGCUUCUUUUGGACUCCAAUUGCCUGGCCGGGGGCCUGUAUGGACAGCGAUUGGCUCGUCCGAGGGAGGGAGGGAGGUUCAAAGGGAUUCCUUAUACCUGCUGCAACUACGACCUCUGCUGGCUAAUUGAUGCUGAGACGGGGGAUACUGUGCGCAGAUUGUGCUUUUGAAUUGUUCACCUGUUACAAGUCACAGAGAAAGAACAGUAGCAGAAAUACCACAGUGACGCGCAUGUCUGUUAAACGUGUAUGUAAACGUUUGACUUCAAGUGUAUACGUAGUCUAUGUCUACGUCUGUGUGUGUGUUUGUCGAAAUGGAAAAUGUUGGUGAUAAAGUGAAAGCGGGUGGGUCAAAGUGAAAAACUGCUUAUUUAUUUUGACAUUUAGUGUGAAACCUGCUUAAAAAGAAGAAGCUUUGGUGUGGGUGUGGGUUUGAUUUUGUCCGAAAGCUACUCAAACGUGGAAACGUCUACGCAGGUCACGAGGACGGAGCUCAUCCGUGCCAACAAACAAUGUGAAAACGAAACAAAACGAAUUUCAAUAAAGUCUUACUUUA